AUGCGGGUUCUCUUUUGGAACAUAAAUGGAGUUGCUCGUGAUGCAGCUCAAUGUAAACUUAGAGAGUUAAUUAGGGAGUUCAAGCCGGAUAUUUUUUGUCUUGUGGAACCAAAAGUUCAUUUCUCGGUUGAUUUUGGUGAUAGACUUCAGUUGGAAGGUUUUUAUCCACAUAUUAUUCAUAAUGCGACUGCUUCUAGUAUUGCUAAUAUGUGGAUUCGCUACUUAAAUGGUAUUGUUCCCUCGGUUAUUAAUAGGAGAAAACAGGCCAUAACAGUUGAGGUUGAUGGAGUUCAUAUCUCGUUUGUUCAUGCUAGUUAUGUUCAGGUUACUAGGCGAAGGCUUUGGAAGCAGCUUAAUAGCCUUGAUACGUCGAUCUCGUGGCUUGUCAUGGGAGAUUUCAAUUGUGUCCUUCGACUAGAUGAGAAAAAGGGUGGUCUUGAGCCUAGGACUUCAGCAAUUAAUAAAUUUUCUGAUUGGAUGAAUGAUAAUAAUCUUUUCGAAGCAGAUUUCUUGGGUACUAAAUUUACUUGGACUAAUGGUCAGUCGGGUUCUCACAUAAUCAUUAGUAAGUUGGAUCGUGCUGUUAUCAAUGCUGCGUGGUUAGUGAAAUUUGAGAAUUGGCAGUGUAAAGCUCUUCCUAGAGAAGUUUCCGACCAUUCUACUCUUUUGGGUUGGAAUAUGCCAGUUCAUGGUUCUCUUGAUUUCAUAUUUACUUAUAAACUCAAGAGGCUAAAGGGGGUGGUUAAGGAAUGGAGUCUUACGGUUUUUGGUAAUAUUCAUUCUAGGUUGAAGCAAGACCAGCUGAGGUUUGAAUCUGCGGCUCUUUGCUCGGAUGAAGAUCCUAAUGAUGUUUCCAAACUUAAUCUAUGA